AUGUCUUCAGAAGUUGUUGAGCGGCCCGGGUUGCGGUACUUUCGUCCGUCAAAGCCUUCAGCCGACCUGUCCGACCAAGAUAUCAUCGAGAUGGAGGGUAUCUUCGACCUAGAACUCGUCCCUAUCGCGACCUGGCUUAACGCAGAGCCUCGGGACCGCGACUACUCACUUCUUGGAGACUAUAUCCGCAUGGCAGAGGACCUGGUUCAUGGCUGGGAGGACUACUACAGCGCUGUGCCGCGUGACAAGUUCACCGAACUACACCGCGAUUUCCAGAUGAUACUCGCCAACCUGUCUGCUCAGCAGUCGUUCAUUAACGAAGGAAUCGACCCACGCGAUCACUUCAUGGUCCGUUUGAAGUCCCUCCCCGGCCAGCAGGGCGCCCCGCGGUUGAACCUCGACAUCGCCCAUCUCCUGUACCUGCUCAGUAUCCCCGACAUGACGUACGCUCAGAUCGCCCCCAUAGCGAUGUGUAGCGAGCGGACUGUCCGGCGUCGCGCGAAGGAGCUCGGGGUCAAUCGGCGCAACAUGACAGUCAUCACCGAUGAAGACCUCGACAAGGCUAUCAAAGCUGCUUACCUCCGGGGUUCCGGCGACCAGGGGUAUCGGGCUAUCCACACUUAUCUCUUGGAGGGAGGUAUCCACGUACCGCAGAAACGUGUUGCGGAGGCCUGUCGCCGCCUCAAUCCCAGUGGGACGUGGGACCGCUGGAUCCGUGCUCGACUUCGCCGUGUAUACCGUGUGCCAUGGAUCAACUCUCUGUGGCAUAUCGAUGGUCAUCACAAGCUCAACCCUUGGAAGAUCGUCAUUCAUGGUGGUGUCGACGGCUUCUCACGCCGCGUUGUCUUUCUCCGAGCAUCCAGCAACAACCUUGCUGCUACCGUGGAGGACUGCUUCCUUGAGGCCACGACCCUUUGGGGCUGGCCCUCGCGGGUACGAGUCGAUUAUGGUGGGGAGAAUCUCGGCGUCAAGAAGCGUCUUGAGGAAGUCAGAGGGACCGUCGAUUCCAAAGGUCGCUGGAGAGGGACUUUCAUCCAGGGCCCGUCCACUCGAAACCAGCGCAUUGAGCGCAUGUGGGUCGACGUCCAAGGGUUCUGCACCAGUAGAUACCGUGACCUGUUCCACAAACUCGAGUCGCUGGGUUACAUGUCGUCAAGCAACAACCUUGACCUCUGGGCUCUUCACUAUGUCUACCUGCCAGUCUUGAACGAGGCUCUCAAAUCGUUCUGCGACGUCUGGGACAAACACCGUAUCCGAACAGCCGGAAACAAGAGCCCGGCGAAGCUCUGGGCAGAGAACCAGGAGCUAGCACGUCGAGUCAAUAUCAACGCCAUUCAAUACUUCGACACACUUGAAUCUCUUCAUGUCCAAGAGGACAGAGAGCAUCUCGACAUUCCCGAUGACCAGACAAUGCAAUUCUUCGAAGACUACGGCGUGGACGACUAUGGCAGAAGGCGCGAUGCCGUCCCCAGCAGGCCCGAUCCUCACGUAGAGGUCCCCCCGCCUGAAGAGGGUCUACCUCGCGAUCAGCGAGAGUUACUGUAUGACCCUCAGUUUCUCAGCUCUCUCGCCCAGGCCAUAGGAGCUGUCUGGCCUCCGGACGAGUCCAAUGGGGUGCCGCAGUACCUUCAGUGUCGAGCAAUGGUCUACGCACGCUUGGGUAUCGACCUACCACUGCCACAAUGGUGGAACCAUUAA